AUGGAGACCUCGUAUGUCAAACUUCUUAAUCAAACCCAUGCCUAUUUUUCAGAUUCCGGCCAGUACCCAGUGAGCAAGCGCGAUGUGACAAACGCAGUGGUUAUAGGCUCGAUAUUCGCCAUCCUCAUCAUGAUCUUCUUGAUUCUCUGCUUGGUCACUUUCUGCUGGUGCCGCUAUUAUCAUUUUUUGCUUGUCAAUAAUCGGAUCGUCAUCCGCGCUAAAGGUUUCAGGGUCCUUGAUGAUGAAGAGAAAAACAUCGAGCCCUUCAGUGGUUCUCUCGCGGAAUAUCCUUCUGAAAAGAUUGUUAUUAAACCCACUGAUCCUGUUGAUCGGUUUAAUAUCAAUGAUAUUGGGCCCCAACCCGAGGAUGACGGCGACACUACUUACGACUCAUUCUCUAGAACCUUAUUAUUUGAAAAACUUGCCGCUGAAAGAGGCAACCAAGGAGCAGAACUUCCUGAUAUUUACAGUAAUGGUAAAAUCAAGAUCGGAAUGAUUGUGGUCGUUGUGAAAUAUAUCGAGGAUAAAAAAAGCGCUCUACAAACUUCGGCCAUUGAAAUAAUGUUGGACUUGAAAAGAUUAAUCAGCAAAGAUUAUAUCAGAAUCAAACCUAGCGGUUAUACUUAUUUGCAAGAAGGUGAUAUGCUCAGAGUGUAUGACAUAGACCCAGAUACUAAAAUCGUGAAAGGUGUUUUGAUGAAUAACUAUUUGGAGUUUAAUACUGAUGGAAUACAUAUACGACCACGUCCUGUUCAUUUUGAAACAGAGGACGAUUUAUUAAGGACCGCUGGUAUCGAUGCAAUAACCUCAGAAAGCACUAUAAUUGCAGCACUUUAUGACUAA